AUGCAGUUCAAAAGCACCCUCUUCGCCAUCGGCCUCCUCGUCAGUGCCUGCACAGCUACUGCCAUCCCCGAAGCUCAGCACAAGGGUCCUGCGCCUGACCUGUCCAAGCGUGCUUGUAACGAAGAUGGAUACUCCAAGUGUACUCGAGCGUGCCCUGGCUCUGGUGGUGCCGCUCUUGGAUGCUGGGCUGAGACCGAAGACCGUCCGCCUAUCCACCCAGCGUUCAAUAUUGUUACAAUGACCGGCAUCGGUCCCUGGUCGCGUGAAGCUUUAGAAAUGCUCAAGUACUGUGAUCGGUCUCUCAGUACCACCGAAGGAGCCGUUGCAGCGUGGUUUGAAACAGGAGCAGCAGCGCAAUUGGACAAAUGGGUCUUAGAAAACGGCUCUGUCAAUUGGUUGUCAGAACUCGUGAGAAAGGUAAACAGAGGCGCGGGAACUGCUCGCGUUGAUGGGUGCCCUUAUCGUGAAAAUGAUAACUGCAACCCAGACUUUGGGAAGAAUUGCUUCGAUUACUUUGAGGAAUCUGCAAGUGAUUCUUCUGAAGUUGAUAUGCGCAAACGCGCGGCUUGGUGGAUCUUCCAAGGUGUUAUCAAGGUCAAAUCGAAAUUCAGUGCCUUGUACACUCUUCUCAUCGAAGAGGGUGUCACAAAGAGCUUGACUGUCAACGAUAUAGUCAAAGAUCUUGGUGCCACCCCAGACACAGGUGAGGAUGUGGGGAAAUGGCUCAGUCUUGCCUUUGGUAUAGCCAGCAGCCUCGCUGGUCCCGCCAGUGCUCCUCUGAGUAUUGGCUUCGGAAUACUCGGUGACGCACUUGGUGCGGUUGAAUACGACAAAGUCGAUGUGAAAGACACCGUGGAAGCUACAAUGGAAGCCUGGCUUAAAGCAUCGUUCCUCAAAAUUGAAGAUCAGCUUAAACUGGCUUUUGGCGCUGUAAAGAGCAAAGAUCAGUAUAGUAAGCUGGAUAAGAUCAUUCGCUUUCCGAGCAUUAUCGGCAAUAUCGGCUUCAAGGGCCCCGUUACUGAGAUCGGCAGAUUCUUCGCUCAGGCUCCAUGGCUUCUCGAUUACAGCGCGACAAGGGAUGAGACAAUCGAACAUUUCAAAACGACCAUGCACACCAAACUAGCUCACGAAGCUAUCAGGGCUGCUGGAUGGAAACUCACCGUCUCCCUUCAUAGGACAGACAACAAAAAGAGAUGCAGCCAUACAGCAGGUGACCAGUGGAUUGAGGUCGACGGGAAACACUAUUGUGCUUACUUGACGGGCAAGUCGAGAGGUGAUAAGCCUUCAGAGAAGUACUACAACGAAAUGAUGCCCAAACACGGUCUUGGUUUACGCGCGCCUUAUUAUGAGAACAUCUUGGAGUGUGGUUUAAAGAGAGGUAACAUCUCGGAUGCUGACGUUGGGAAACUGGUUGGUGGAAAACCUUCGUGCUGGUUUCAAAUGGACUUGGCGUAUACUGGGGUUUGUGAUUGGAAAUUGAAAGGCGAUGUUGUAGAAUGUAUCAAGAGCGUCAAGUAUGAUGAUUAG